AAACCGAUGUGGGAGAGAAAAUAAAUAAUUUGUAUUUUUGUAGUAUAUUUCGCUAACGGUGUGCAGGUCACACUGUUUCAGUUCAAGUUUGUGUUCAUUUCGAGAUUGAAAAAUACGGUAAUUCUCCCUUCAGGCUUAUGCACAAUUAGCCAAAAUUGUAUAUUGCCAUUUAGUUAAGAGUGUACAAAAGUUUAUCUUAAUUAAUCGUUGAUUGGCAAGAUGAGUAUCCCAAACAGCAGCCAGACAAUUUGCUUAGUCCGUUGUGGCGUCUGCUUGGAGAAUUAUACAACGAGCGAUGCAAUAUUCACUGGCCAAUGUGGGCACUUGUUCCACAAGAUGUGCCUGGAUCAAUGGCACACGCAGACAAAUACAUGCCCAAUUUGCCGCAAGCAAAACCAGAGCUACUUUCAAAUCUAUUUGGAAGCUUCUCCAAACGAUCAAAAUGAAAAUAAUCAGUCACACAUAGAUGAUGAUGUUGAUGAUAGCAAUGUGUCUCAUAUUGGCAUUGUUAAAGGCGCUAGUGAUGUUGAAGACGACGAUGAUGAUGAGGAUGACAUCUACUACGAUGAUGAGAAUGAGGAUUUUGGUGAUGAUUACUUUGAUUAUGAGAAUGAAGACUACGGCUUUGACAUCGACGAUACGGAUGAUGACGACGAAGACGCAUAUGCUGCAUAAUUUACUUAGCUGCACCGAUACAAUCGAGUUUGAUAGGCGAUCGAUAUGUAUGUGUGUGUAGAUUUAACUUAGCAGCAAAGUACUUCAAGUAGCUGGUUUCUUCUCAGUCGGGAGGAACAUAUCUCAGCUGUAAGGUUCAAGUUCAGCCAAUCUCAAAACAAAAACUUGUAAUCAACAAACAAACUUUUUGAAUCUGGGUCUAUAUACAGGGUAGACUUUUAUUUAUUUGGAGGCAUGUAUAUUUUAAAUUAAGACUAUAAUAUAACUAUUUUGUGUAAAUAGCUAACAGCUAGUCUAGCUUACGUACUACAACAGGGAAAACUCUGGGGGAAGCAGACAAAAUAAAAAAUAUGUAUAUACUAAAAAAGAUUGACUUAUGGAUGAGGGAACGAGACUUCAUUUGUAAUACUUGGCAGACAUCAUACAUAUAUAUAUAUAUAUGAGAAAUAAAUAUCGAGCAUGUG